AUGUUGAUUGCUGACGAUUGCAAAAAAAGAUGGAGGAAUAUAAAGGAUACCUAUUUUAGAAAUAUAAAGAAACGCAAAUUGGGCACUUUUUCAGCUUCUUCCCAAAAGCCAACAAAGUGGACCCUGUUUGAUCGGCUUUCCUUUCUUGAUUCAGUUAAACAUGAACGGGCAUCUAAAAGUAAUUUCGCCGAUGAAGAAGAGGAAACUCCACUUGAGAGCCCAAAUGAGAUGGACUGUGAGAUUGGGCCAACUGAUGAAUCCACCUUGAACAAUUCAGAUUUAUUUGAACGAUAUUUAAGCCCAUCCACCUCCCGAACACCAGGCACAAAAUUUAAUAAAAUACUGGAUAGGGACCAGGAAAGUUCCACAUCUGAAAGUCGGAGUUCCACGCCGUUACAACGAAAUUUAAACAAAUACCAGCUUAGGGUAUCAAAGAAUUCAUUAAUAGCUCAAUUUGAAGAAAGAUCUCAGAAGCGCAUGGAGCUCCUGAAGGCCAUGCACAAAAAAAAAGAUAAAACAGAGCCUGAAGAUGAAGUUGAUUUGUUUAUGAGAAGUAUUAGUAUGACAGUUAAAAAAUUUCCACCUGCUCUAUUAAAUGAAGUGAUAAAGAGCUAG